AUAUAGUGAAUGCAGGGUCCAGGGAGACCAGAUAUAGUGAAUGCAGGGUCCGGGGAGACCAGAUAUAGUGAAUGCAGGGUCCGGGGAGACCAGAUAUAGUGAAUGCAGGGUCCGGGGAGACCGGAUAUAGUGAAUGCAGGGUCCGGGGAGACCAGAUAUAGUGAAUGCAGGGUCCGGGGAGACCGGAUAUAGUGAAUGCAGGGUCCGGGACAAAAAUUUGGAUUUAGUGGGCUUCAACCACCACUAACUUAGACACUGCCAACACGGGGACACCGCACAU